UUUGCGACAGUUAAAUAAACAGAAAAUAAACCAGUUUUUCACUUCGAAACCAGCGAAAAGUCUUCUGCUUCAGAGUUCGAAUUCUCUGCAUACAUAGCUGAGAAUGAUACUUUGCUUGAGCCAGUUACCUUCACCUCUGGCAGAUUUGUGGAUAACCAUUUUGCUUCCAUUUGCGGUUAUCUGAUUAACGAGCUGCUUAGUUGAAGCUGAAAAUAUAGUUACAAAUGGACUUCUAAGUUGGUGGUUGCAGUUGUGGAGCAUAAUAAGUUUGAAAAGGUUGAUUUGAGAGUCUGGAGGAAUGAUUCUCUCAGCACUAUUAACUUCAGUGGGGAUAAACGUUGCGCUGUGUUUUCUCUUUCUCAUCCUCUACACAAUACUGCGAAAUCGACCAAGUAAUGCUGAACUCUAUGUGCCACGCUUGGUUGCUGAAGGGAAAUAUCAGGAGUAUAAUGCAUCUGGCAUGAGAGGGUUCUUAUCAUCUUUCAGUUGGGUGAAAAGAGCAUGGCAGCCUACUGAAAAUGAGCUUUUGGAAAACUCUGGAUUGGAUGCUGUGGUAUUCAUGCGCAUUUUCAUCUUUGGGCUAAGAGUAUUUCGGUUUGCAGCAAUUGUUGGCAUAUUUAUUCUUCUCCCAUUCAAUUAUAUGGGGAACCAGCUGAAUAUUGAUUUCACUGACUUACCGAACAAGUCGCUAGAAACCUUCAGCAUUUCAAAUGUUGAUGAUGGUUCAAACAGGUUGUGGAUACACUUCUCUGCUGUUUAUAUUUUCACAGCCGUCGUCUGCUAUCUUCUUUACUCUGAAUAUGACGACAUUGCAGCACUGAGGCUUUCUUACUUCUACUCUUCAAAACCUCGGCCCAGCCAGUUCACUGUUUUGGUUCGAAGUAUUCCUGUCACUGCUGGGAGGAGCUUCAGUGAGACUAUUGAGAGCUUUUUUAGUGAAUAUUAUCCUUCCACCUAUCUUUCUCAUUCGGUGAUUCAUCGAACAGGCAAACUGCAAGGGCUAGUUAACAAGGCAGACAAGACCUACAAGAAGCUUGUUCAUCUGGAAUCAAAGAAAUAUCCUAAACAAAAUUCCAAAAGAGGUUGUUGUUUGAGUAUUUGCGGCCGAAAAGCUGAACGUGUAGACCAGUAUGAGAAGAAGCUAGAAGAUGUGGAGGGUGAUAUGAGAGCAGAACAAUUAUCUCUUGCUGGAAAGGAAGUUCCAGCUGCAUUUGUGUCUUUCAAGACUCGUUUUAGCGCUGCAAUAGUUUCACACCUCCAACAAGGGGUUAAACCCACAGAUUGGGUUACUGAGCCAGCUCCAGAUCCCCAAGAUAUACAUUGGCCAUUCUUUUCUGCAUCAUUCUUCAAAAGAUGGAUGUGUAACAUUGCAGUUGUUUUUACUUGUCUUCUUAUAACCAUAAUGUUCCUUGUACCUGUUCUCAUAGCCCAAGGGCUUACUAAUUUGGCUCAGCUGGAGACCUGGCUACCCUUUUUGAGUGGCAUAUUAAGGCUAGAAAUUGUCACCCAAGUAGUUACAGGAUAUCUUCCGAGUCUCAUACUUGAGACGUUUCUAGAUUUAGUGCCACCAGUCAUGAUUGUUCUUUCAUCCAUUCAAGGAUACAUUGCCCAUAGUCAGAUUGAGAAGAGUGCAUGUAUCAAAAUGUUAUGGUUCACAGUAUGGAACGUCUUCUUUGCCAACGUGUUAUCUGGAUCAGCACUAUACAGGUUCGAUGUCUUUCUCGAGCCUAAAAGAAUUCCUGAACUAUUAGCUGUGGCUGUUCCUGGACAGGCUUCAUUCUUCAUUGCGUAUGUUGUAACAUCCGGAUGGACCAAAACAUUUUCUUCAGAACUUUUUCGGGUGAAGCGCCUCAUGUUGAAUAUUUUGAAAGGAAGUUUGUGCUGUGACUCUGAUGAUGAACUCGAGGUCCCUUCCAAUCCUUAUCACAAAGAAAUUCCCAGGAUUCUCUUUUUCAGCCUUCUUGGUAUAACCUACUUCUUCCUCGCACCCCUCAUUUUGCCAUUUGUAAUGAUUUACUAUGGCCUCGGAUACAUCAUCUACCGUAACCAGCUAUUGAAUGUUUAUUCACCAAAGUUUGAAACUGGUGGAAAGUUUUGGCCUGUGGUUCACGACGCGACAAUAGUUUUCUUAGUAUUGAUGCAUGUUAUAGCCAUUGGGAUAUUUGGUUUGAAGAAACUCCCUUUAGCUUCAAGCUUAACAAUUCCCCUUCCAGUUCUCACUCUGUUAUUCCAUGGUUAUUGCCGGAGACGUUUCUUACCUAGUUUCAAAGGUUUUCCAGCUGAGUGCAUGAUCAACAAGGAUAGACUUGAUCAGAACGAUCCCACGAUAUCUUCUUUCUACGAGAAACUAGCCACAGCCUACCAAGAUCCUGCUAUGGAGCGAGUCAGACGUUCUGAAGCCAGCGAAAGUAGCACAACUCCACUUCUGGCCAGUUAUAGAUGAAGUCGAACUUUUGUUUUUUUCUCACCGCAAGAUUGCAUUUGUAAGCAUAAUGUCUGUACACUUGCUGUGUAUAUGCUUAUCUUAUCAACUGAUUUCUGAAAAUACACAUUUCUUUGUCCUUUUAGUGCCUGUCUGUAAAAAAACUGUGAUUUGCACCUCUCACUCUCUCUUGUUGAAACAUUUGGAGGCUCAAAUCACUUAUUAACAGCUAUGAAGAUUGUGCUGUAAAUUGUAGUUAGUUUGUUUAUUUGAGUCAAUUAGUUGAGAUUAAAAAGUUGAUUGUAUAAUGGUGAAGAAGAAGACUGGUGGGAUUUUGAUGAAACUCCAUGUGGAGCAAUCAGAAUUGAUGGUUGACAUA